UCACCAGGCACAACCGUGGGCUCCGAGUCAACUGGGAUGACCGCUGGCACUGGGUCAGACAUUGGAUCGUCUGGCUGGACAGCGGGCAUCGGGUCACCAGGCAUCAGGUCAUUUGGCUCGACAGCGGGCACCGCGUCCAUCUGGCAAGGCAGUGGGCUCCGAGUCAACUGGUAUGACCGCGGGCACUGGGUCAGACAUUGGAUCGUCUGGCUGGACAGCGGCAAACUGGGUCACCAGGCAUCAUGUCAUUUUGGCUUGACAGCGGGCCCCGCGUCAUCUGGCAAGGCAGUGGGCUCCGAGUCAACAGGCACGACAGUGAGCACCGGGUCAUCAGGUUACCGGAUUGUCUGGCUCGACAGCGGGCAUCCGGGUCACCAGGCAUCAGGUCAUUUGGCUCGACAGCGGGCACCGGAUCAGGUACCUGGAUCAUCUGGAUCAACAGCGGGCAUCGAGUCAACUGGCCUAAUAGGAUCGUCAGGCUGGACCAGUUCAUCAUGCUGGGUAGAGGCAUCAGGC